CUUAUGAGUGCCGACUCCCUCCCUCGCUUUAAAACCCCCUCCUCUCUCUCUUUCUUCUCGUCUCCCAAGUAGAUCGAGAGAGCAGAAAACAAAAGGAAGCUAUAACAUGGUUAUUGGGUAAUUUUAAGUAACAGAGCCAAAGCUAGCCUUAAAUUAUCCCACCAUGUCCCGCCAAGCUCACCUCCCUCCUCGGUGCCCAUUUAAGAACAGGGGUUUGCUGCCCCAAGGACUGGAUUCCAGACCUCAAACCACACUAUAUAGGUUUCCAUCCCAAGGGUUCAUUAUAGAUGAAGAACCCUCAUGGCUUGAUGACCUCUUUACUUACUCGGACAGUAGUCCUAGAGGGAUCUCUCAUCGGAGAUCUUGGAGUGAUUCUGCAGCAAUUCUGGAGGUCCCAACAACUUUGGCUGGUCCGAUAUCCCCGGUUGGUGAAGGAAAUACUUCAUCAGUUGGUGCCCUUCACAAAUCACCAGAAGCCACAGAUGAGGGUGAAACUAAUUCUGGGUUUGAGGCAGGUAGCGGGUAUGAGGCAAGCUGUGUCUACGGCCCUAACUCCCCCAGGCAAAAGAGUAAACUGACCAGCUCGGAAAGCUCCCUAGUGGCUGCUUUGUUGGAAAAUGUUCCUCAGAACCCUUUGCAAUAUGUUACUGUGGAUUUCCCUGGUGCCUCAAAUAAUAGUGAGUCCAAUGUGAGUGGAGAUAUUCUGGUUGCACCAGGUGAUCAUGAUCCAGAGAAGGCAUCAAAAAAGCGCUCAGGGCAACGAUCUAGGGUCCGAAAGCUUCAAUAUAUUGCUGAACUUGAGAGAACUGUUGAUGCACUUCAGACUCUUGGGGCAGAGCUGGCAGGAAGAGUUGCCUCUAUGUUUCAGCAGCAUUUUGCUUUAUCAAUAGAAAACAAGAAAAUGAGUUGGCAGAUAACCAGUCUUCAACAAGAGAAAAUAAUGAAGGAUGGUCAGUAUCAGACUCUAAAGAGUGAAGCAGAGAGGUUAAAGAUGAUUUAUGGACGUCACCGAAGAAGCAAAAGCGCUGCAGCCUGUUUUGAGAUGGGCCCUACGACUACUGAUACUUCGCAAGUUAGUCGGGGGAUGUUGGACAUGGGUAAGCUCAGUCUUGGUGGGAGCCCAGUUGCAAUGAAACAUGGUCUUGGACGCGGAUGACGGUCCCUGGUCAUCAUCCUGAGUGCAGCACUGCAAACCAUCUUACUAUUAGGAUUAACAUUCCCAAAGCUAGAUUCAAAGCCACGGGCUGGUAAGCCUAUUCUAACUAACAUUUGCAUUCCUCUCUGCAAAUGCUUCCCUUCCCCUAUACAGUUGACCUGGUAGAAGCAUCACAGAUUAAACUUUACCAGCAACUUCAGAACUCUGAAUGCAUGUACAUGCUUGCAAAGCUGUAGUGCGGUCUUCGGUCACUGGUAGUUUUUAUGAAAUUAUGAGAGGAAAUCUUGAAAGCAUAAUGUAAUUACCAAAACUCUCAUAGUUAUCCUUGGCGUUCAAAAUGGUGAUCA